UGCUCGGCGAGUUCAUGCACCCCUGCGAGGACGACCUGGUCUGUAAGUGUACCACGGAGGAGAAUAAGGUGCCUUACUUCAACGCUCCUGUCUACUUAGAAAACAAAGAACAGGUCGGGAAAGUAGACGAAAUAUUUGGACAACUUAGAGAUUUUUAUUUUUCAGUUAAAUUGUCAGAAAACAUGAAGGCAUCUUCCUUUAAAAAACUACAGAAGUUUUAUAUAGCCCCAUAUAAGUUGCUGCCACUGCAGAGGUUUUUACCUCGGCCUCCGGGUGAGAAAGGCCCUCCCCGAGGAGGCGGCAGGGGAGGUCGGGGAGGAGGAGGAGGAGGAAGAGGCGGCGGCGGCGGCAGAGGCGGCGGCAGAGGCGGUGGUUUUCGAGGUGGAAGAGGAGGUGGAGGCGGGGGCUUCAGAGGAGGAAGAGGGGGUGGUGGCUUCAGAGGGAGAGGACGUUAAGGGCGACAGCUGACAGGCGCCUUCAGUGGGUUUCUGCGCUCGCUCACGUCAGCCGCCUCCGCUGUGGACUGGAAGCUUGUAUUUGAGCAGAUCUUGAAGAUCUGGGAGUUUUACGAUGGCAGAGCUAAGACGUCCAUAUUACGUAAGACGGGUGCAGCCGGCCAGUCCACGCCGCUCGAGCAGGGCACGGACGAUCUCGCGUUUCAUACAGCGCCUGGUACGCUGUGCGUGCUCAAAAAUGGACCCAAGUUUUCAUUUGAAGCUUACUUGAAUUUUUAAAAUAAAGUGUUUUAUUCCUGUAA